AUGGCGCUUUCUGACGCAACAAUGUCAAACGACAGUAAUGUAAAUUACACCUCAAAUGACGAAAUGGACUCUCAUUCCCAAGAAGACUUUGAUGUAAUCAUAGCUAUCUUCGUUAUCUUGUGCACGAUUGGGCUAUCUAUAAUUGUUAUCAACGGCUUCGUCAUUUAUCUUGUGUGUACCAGACAGUAUCUGAAGACAGUGACCAACUUCUGCCUGGCAAGCCUGGCGAUAUCCGAUAUGUUAUUGGGUUUGUAUGCAGUACCACUCAUUAUCGCCUGUACCACCCAUAAUAACUAUUAUAUCUGUGUGGCUAUGGACUUGGGGCAAAGAUUCCUCUCGAUAUCAACCGUGCUCCACCUACUCUUGAUAACAUUGGAGAGAUAUUUUACAAUUGUGUUCUCGGUCAUGAGAACUACGUCAGUCAUCUCCAAGAAAACCUGCGUGGCAAUUCUGUUGGUAGUCUGGUUAACCUCACUCUGCGUCUCACUCUCCCAAAUCUCAUUCAUGCGCGAUCCAAUGAAAGCACCAAGCCAAAGCCAAAUCACCUACGAUUUUGUUUGCCUGACGGUACUAGCCGUUGUUCCUCUAGUGAUAAUGGGAGUGGCGUACUUCCAUAUUUUCUACACUCUAAGGAAACACUGCCAGCAAAUAAAGCGCGACGUAUCUCAUAUUUCUUCGCAGUGCACGCAACACAACUCCAAAAAAGAACGGAAAGCCCUGCUUAUCUACAGCGCAAUGAUUUGCGUUUUCAUCGUGGGAUGGUUCAACUAUUUUUUCAAUUCGUUACAAGAGGAUUUAGGCAAUAGGGUAGGGAUCCCAUUAUGGGCUGAUGUAAUUUUAUUGAUUUUGAGGUUUAGCACUGGUCUCCUAAACCCACUGUUGUACACCUUUCUCAAGCAGGAUUUUCGGCGAGCCAGAAAAUCAAUUUGCUCUUCGAGAAAACGUACUGGAUGGUAUCGUCGAUCCACAUUUACAUCUUCGUUUUCCACCAGAAAAACAGGCCUUUCUUCUAACUCAUUUGCCGAGUCUCAACAAAUGGCGUCUUCUCUUUAA